GCUGUAGAAAUGUGCUGUAUAUUUGAAGUGUUGGGUCACGUGAGGCGGGCACGGUUUAUGAAUCAGAGCGCAUAACAAUCUCUCAGUACGAGAGCUGGACGGAGAUAGAGAGAGGGAGGAAAACAGAGAGACAGAGUGAAACAAAGACAGAGGGACAGAAAGAAAGAAAGAGAGACGGAGAGAAAGAUAGAGGGAGAGGCAGGGCGAGACGUAACGCUACAGCUGGCUCUGUGGCUCUGCUGUAAACGGGAUCCUAGCGCGUGAAACCCCCCGCUCUCCUCCCUGCUCUACACUCAUCCCUCCAUUCUGCCCUCUUCUGAGCUGCCCUCCACACGACCCUGUUUCCGGAAAUCCGCUGUCGCCCCCCGCCAGUUGUGCGCUCUUCUGCUGCCUCUGAUUGGCUGUUGUCAGGCCACCUGAUCCCACAGGAGCUGUAGAAGCUUUGGCUGCCCCUGGGUAAAUACUGGUGACCCAAAAGAGGUAGUGACAGGGAGCGGGAGAGAGAGAGAAAGAGAGAGAGGAAGAGAGUUGCACACAGGGCUUCCCCUCAGCUCACUUCAACAUUAGGCCCCUCCCCCUGUGGGUGCUCCCGCGAAGAUGGCAGCCAAUCGGGAACGGCAGGUUGGUCACAUGACGGGCUUCUCUCCUGCGGUCUACCCGUUCCCCUUCAAAUCCAUCCGAAGCCACUCCUCCUUCGACCUCAUGCCCAAUGGCAGUCUGUUUGGCAGAUUUGGGGCGGACCUUCCCAAAGAGAUGGCGGCAUUGUCGGUGGAGACCCAGAGCACCAGCUCAGAAGAGAUGGUCCCCAGCUCUCCCUCUCCCCCACCCCCGCCUCGGGUCUAUAAGCCCUGUUUCGUUUGCCAGGACAAGUCCUCAGGGUACCACUAUGGCGUCAGCUCCUGUGAGGGGUGCAAGGGCUUCUUCCGGCGCAGCAUCCAGAAAAAUAUGGUGUACACCUGCCACCGGGACAAGAACUGCCAGAUCAACAAGGUCACCCGCAACCGAUGCCAAUACUGCCGUCUGCAGAAGUGCUUCGAGGUUGGCAUGUCCAAGGAAGCUGUGCGGAACGACCGGAAUAAGAAGAAGAAGGAUGUGAAGGAGGAGCCUGUGGUCCCAGAGAGCUAUGAGCUGAGCGGGGAGCUGGAGGAGCUGGUGAAUAAAGUCAGCAAAGCGCACCAGGAGACCUGUCCUUCACUGUGUCAGCUGGGCAAAUACACCACCAACUCUAGCUCAGACCACCGUGUGCAGCUGGACCUUGGUCUCUGGGACAAGUUCAGCGAGCUGUCCACCAAGUGCAUCAUCAAGAUUGUGGAGUUUGCCAAGAGACUGCCUGGCUUUACCUCCCUCACCAUCGCUGACCAGAUCACCCUCCUCAAAUCCGCCUGCCUGGACAUCCUGAUGCUGCGGAUCUGCACACGCUACACCCCUGAGCAGGACACCAUGACCUUCUCUGACGGCCUGACGCUAAACCGCACGCAGAUGCACAACGCGGGAUUCGGACCGCUCACCGACCUCGUGUUCUCCUUCGCCAAUCAGCUGCUGCCCCUCGAGAUGGACGACACAGAGACCGGCCUCCUCAGCGCCAUCUGUCUGAUCUGUGGAGACCGUACAGACCUGGAGGAGCCGCAGCGAGUGGACCAGCUCCAGGAGCCGCUGCUGGAGGCCCUGAAGAUCUACGCCCGCCGGCGGCGCCCCAACAAGCCCCACAUGUUCCCCCGCAUGCUGAUGAAAAUCACAGACCUGCGCGGCAUCAGCACCAAGGGAGCCGAAAGAGCGGUCUCUCUGAAGAUGGAGAUUCCGGGCCCCAUGCCCCCACUGAUCCGGGAGAUGCUGGAAAACCCGGAGGCCUUCGAGGACCAGCCGGAGAACGGGAACGACCAGCCCCCGGCCCCGGCCCCGGCCACGGCCCCGCCCCCGGCCCCGCCCGUCACCGUCAAACUGGAGCAGGAGGAGGAGGACUGUGGCGGAGGCAGGGGAGGAGGAGAGAACGGCAGCGAGCUCUCGCUGGAGGAAGACGAUGAGGACGAGGAUGAGGACGAGGAGCGAGAGCGAGACGCUGACAGCGAUGGGGAGGAGUGGGGAGGCCAGGCCGCCGCCCCUGAUUGGCCCAGGAACACCCUGACGGGGCAGGGUCAGUGAGGUCCAACGCCUCCUCAGAAUCAAUCUCCCUUAACAAAACAAACAACAACAAUAAAACAGAAAGCAGUACGAAGCGAAUGAAACAGAAAACAUGUGAUUCAGACCCAAACAAAAGGGAAAAAUCUUAUGGAAAAAAAAUAACAGAGGGAAAGACUUUGUCAGAUGAAAGAGACCGUCUCUUGAUGUUGUUACGAUUUUUUUUAAUGUACAUAGAUGCAAAAGGAGAUGCCAAAAAAGGAGAAAUACCAGCCUUAGCGGCGAACACAGACGGCCGCGGUCAUCACAGGGUGCUCUUCAGGGUGCAGUGCUUCAGCUGGGCAGCAGGGGGUGCUAACGGCACAUCUGCAUUUCCCCCCCGUUUUUUUUAAGAAAAAAAAAGAAAAAUGAAACAAAGUCACCCAUUUGUUGUUGAUGCAUUUUAAAAACAAUUUUCUUGUAGUAUUUUAAUUGUUUAUUAUUUCUUAUGGUAUACACUCCAUAUAUUUCGCUGUCUAUAUAUCUUUAUAUUUUUGUUUUGUAUUUGUCAUUUAUGGUUUUUGUAUAUUCUCAUGUUCUUCUUUAAAGAACUUUCCAGAACAGGGACACAGACAGAGAGCGAAACAGAGAGGGGGAGAGAAAAAAACAAUUAUUUACAGUUGGCACAGCUCGACAGAUCCUGAAAUGUUAACGUAUCACCGAUCCUGAAUCGGCAAGAUGCACACAGGGUUGUCUCUUAUUGGCUGAAACGCUCCCUAUGCCAAAUUCUCUGUGCCACAUGAAGCUGUUUUUACUCUGAUACACACGUCCUUCUCACUGUGGGAAACGACAGUCGCGUACCCCCUCGUACACCCCCAUCUCCCCCUGGAAGGGCCCCUGCUGCUCCUUCUUGGAGAACGUUCAGGAUGCAGGACAUACCUGUGCGGCCAUUUUGUGUUAGACGUUCUUUCCAGGCCCUGGUGUGAAGUUGCAUACACCGCCAGUGCUGGCAGCAUAAGAAUGUGGCUCAGGUCUCUGGAGCAGAACCAAACACACACACACACACACACACACAAUGCAUUCACUCACACACACACAGGUCUCUGGAGCAGAACCAAACAUACACACACAAUCCAUGCACUUGUAAACACACUCACACACACACACACAAUGCAUUCACUUGAAAACACACACACACACACAGACACACACACACACACACAACACAUGCACUUCUAAACACUCAACGCUGUAUUGGAACAGCAAGGCCAAUUCCUUUGUUUUUGCAAUACACUGAAUACAUUUGGGGUUGAGAUAAAAACAUGUACAUGAGACAAGAGUUCAGAAUUCCAGCUUUCAUUUCCUGGAAUUUACACCCAGGGGUGUUAAACUAUUUAGAACAUAGCGCCUUAUAGGUUAGAAAAAAGUAUUGGAACAGAGAGUAAGUAAAUUAAAUUCAAUAAUACUUCAUAUUUGGUAUCGUAUCCCUUGCUUGCAGUAGCUGCAUCAAGCCUGCAACCUAUUGACAUCACCAACCUGUUGCAUUUUACUUUUGUGAUGCUUUUCCAGGAUUUUACUGCAGGCUUUUUCGGUUGUUGUUUGUUUCGGGGUUUUUUUCCCUUCAAUCUUGUCAAUUUGGUUAUGGUCUGGUGAUUGACUUGGCCAGUCUAAAACCUUCCACUUUUUCUCCCUAAUGAAGUCCUUUGAAUGUUGUUGUAGACUUCUGAAUUCAUCCUGCUGCUACCAUCAUGAGUUACAUCAUCAAUAAAGAUUACUGAGCCCACUCCAGAAGCAGCCAUGCAAGUCCAAGCCAUGGCACUUCAUCCACCGUGCUUAACAGAUGAGCUUGUGCGUUUUUGAUCACAAGCUUAACCCUUCUUUCUCUAUAUUUCUGGCUUUCCAUCACUUUGGUAGAGGUUCAUUUUGAUCUCAUCAGUCCAUAAAACUUUGUUCCUAAACUGUGGCUCAACUCUGUAUGUCUUUACAAAUUGUAAUCUCACCUUCUGAAUUCUUACUACUGAUGAGUGAUUUACAUCUUGAAGUAUAGCCUCUAUAUUGUUGCUCGCGAAGUCUUCAUCAAACAGUUGAUUGAGAUACCUUCACCCCUGCCCUGUGGAAAUUGUUUCUGAUGUCAUAGACUGAUAGUUUUUCCUCACAGCUCUCACAGUGUUUCUGUAAUCAACUGCUGUUGUUUCCUUGGUCGACCUAUUAGAUGUCUGUUGCUCAGUACACCAGCGGUUUCUUUCUUUUUCAGGACAUUCCAAGUUGUUGUACAAGCUAUCCCCAAUGCUUCUUCAGUGGCUCUCAUUGAUUUCCCCUCUUUUCUAAUCUUCAAAAUGGCUUGCUUUUCUCCCAAAGACAGCUCUCUGGUCUUCAUGUUGGUUUAUCUUUUCUAACACAAAUGCAGUACUCACAGGCAAAGUCCACGGCUAAAACCAAGAGCAGGCAUUCAGAACUAUUUAUUGUUUAACCAAUCAAUCUAACAGGACACAUCUGGGCAACAAGAAACCUGUCAGUCACAUGUUCCAAUACUUUUGCUCACCUAAAGAUUGGGUGGUCUGAUAUAAAGGGUGAUAUGUUCGAAGCUGUUUCACAAAUCGAGAUAAAAAUACCAGGAAAUAAAAGCUGAAAUUCAGAUCUCAUCUCACGUACAUCUUUUGUCUUCAGUGCAUAGAAAAAUCACAGGAAUUGGCCUUUGGCUGUCCCAAUACUUUUGGAGGGGACUGUAUACAGUCAGCAUACACACCCUUGCACAUUUGCUGGUCUGUUCUGUGAUUGGACAAGGAAAUCUACACAAAACAAUAUCGGAAAUGCACUCAGGGCUACCUUUUAAGGAUCCCAGCAUAGCUGUCCAUAGACAUGCUGGAAACAGGCCAUACUCACAGAGACUCGCUCUGUCUCAUGUGAGCUCGGGGACAAAUGUACAACCUGGCCACCUCAAUGACAAGCCAUACUGCAGCUAUAACCAGCUAUCUACAUCCUUUAUCCUCUCCUACAGAGCCAUACUGCAGCUAUAACCAGCUAUCUACAUCCUUUAUCCUGUCUUUAGAGUCAAACUGCAGCUAUAACCAGCUAUCUACAUCCUUUAUCCUCUCCUACAGAGCCAUACUGCAGCUAAAACCAGCUGUGUACAUCCUUUAUCCUCUUUUACAUAGCCAUUCUGCAGCUAUAACCAGCUGUCUACAUCCUUUAUCCUCUCCUACAGAGCCAUAUGACAGCUAUAACCAGCUAUCUACAUCCUUUAUCCUCUCCUUAGAGGGGGCUGGUUUCCUGGAGUUUAUCAGUUCUCAGUCUCAGUGAAUUUUACCGUUGGAAGUGAUGCGUGCGGAGUGCUGGUCUGAGACGACCAGCAGUGCCUGGGAGAGUAGAAGUCGCCCAAUGAGAUUCCCUGCUCCAAUGUGCCAUCCGUGUUUGUGUGUGCCUGUGUGUGUGUGCGUGUAUGUGUGUGAGCGUGUCUGUGUGUGUGUGUGUGUGUGUGUGUGCAUUAACUGGUUGUAUUUUGCCAAAUUAAUGUGUCGUAAUAGCACAGACUGUAGAUGUGGAACCAGGCUAGUGUUCUGGCGUUGGGAUAGGUAGGUAACAGUAGUGUUACUAUGGUGAUACCAGGGUACCGCCCUGCAGCACCCUGCUUCCACCAAUGACCUCCACCUGCCCGCAUGCAGGCCAUGUUCACUGAAAAAUAAAUUUGAUGGUGAGGGUAGCACGAAGCUUUCUACCUUUCACUGGGAAUAAUCUCCCAAUAAUCUUGCAUUUAGUAUUGAGGUCAGGUCCCAGUAAUAGAGACACAACCAACAGUGGGAAUGAACAAUUUGAAGAUACAGUUUAUUUUGGAAUGUGUUUUUCAAAAGUCGGUAUUCUGGAACUCCAUUGUUUACAAUUUUGAGGAGUGGUUGUUACAUCAGAAUUAGAAUGUUCAGUUAAGAACAUUCUAGUCACAUGUUUGUGAUGAAACACUUUAAAGGGCUAAAUAUAUAGCUAAAGCCCAACCUGAAAUCAAACUGAGGGGGGGAGUCAGCCUGGUUCCAGGUCUGCAGCAGAAAAGGGGAAUUCAUAUCAGUGUUAUUUGGACACAGUGAGGAAGGGUGGAGCUCUGUGAAGUCCCACCCUCUGUGGCCUUAGGGGGAGGGGCAGAACAGUUAGGCUAUGGGGUAUCUGUACUGUAUGUCCGUCUCUGAGCAUGUCAGAGAUGGCUGUCAAUCAUCCUCUCUUUAUACAGUCAAACCCUCAUGUUAAGAAAAGCCAUUUGACAAAAGAAGAGGAAUUUGUACAAUAAAUGAGAUUUUUUGUGAACUUUUGAUCCUUUAUAAAUCUGUAAUUGUUUUUUUUGUUUUCUUUUAAGUAAGUGUUUCCAAACAGGAAAUAAAAGGCAGAGUGAGCUAACCAAUCAGCCCAGGUUUAUGAAUAUCACCAUAGGUAUCUCACGGAUUAGUUGUGAUGUUCACUUCAGACAAACAACACAAUUAGCCAGACGUAAAUGACACUUUCCUUCAAGAAUCUUUCUGAUGUAGCUAAAAAUGUAAGGUUCAGCUAACAUUGGCUUGCUCAUCUACUGUAAUUAGGUCAUUAUAUCUAAUUAGCUAUUUCUAACAUUAUAAUUAGCUUGAUAGCUGCUUGGUUAACUAAAAAUGUAUAUUGAUGCCAGACAGUAACCAAUCAAGUACAAGUGCAGUGCUUUUGUUUUCUGGUCAAAGGCAGUUUGUGGCGAGUGAUGACAUUGUGAAGUGUCUUCCAAAAGUAACAAAACUGAAGCAAACCUGAGAUCACAUUUCAGCUCUUAUGCUCGGACGAAUGUUCUGCUGAUUUGGAAGUAUGCAGGACACAAGUAUGCAGUGGAAGUAUGUAGAACACAAGUAGGCAGAACACAAGAAUGCAUGACUGAACACAGCCCAGCACUAGCCUUCCCCCUUCUUCAGUGACAUCACCCCUUCCUCAGCCUAUCAGAAGAAGGUCUUUCAAGAAUCAGAUAACCAUAAUUUAGUGUGGAGCUGUCAUUCUGACCCAUGAUCAGUUAAAGGUAAAAACUCUUAUAUGAAUGAAUUAUACAUUAAUUCAAACUCUUAAUUAAGGGUGUGAACGCUGGGCUUUAAUUAAGUUUAAAGGUCAAAGUUAACCAAGUGCUUUACCUGCCUGUUAGCGCCUGCCAAAUCUCACAUGUUGUGUAAGAAGGAAAGAAGCAACAACUUCACUGUAACUCAAAAAUAAAAUACAUUGCACCUUCAACGCAGGUAGCCUUCCAUCGGUCCAUCCUAACAGGACUUUUCUGGGGAGAUUUAGCUGCCUUACUAUAAGAAUGAGGACAGUGAUGUUUUUAAGUAUAGACUUCUGAAUGUUUAGUUCUGGAGUUCCUGGAGUUUGCAGCCCAGUUAAGGGAUGUUUAGCAACAAUUACUACUUGUGUACCAACGUGUAAAAUACCUUCGCUGCUGAUGUUAAAUCGUCAGCAAACUGCUCAAAUAUUUUCCACCUCUAAGAAUAUUUUGCAUUAUUAUAUUAUUGUAUUAUAUUUUCAUAUUUCAUGAAUGAGUUAUUAAACUUUAAGAUAAACCAUUUUUAGUUUAGACACCUGUGGUAAAGUUAUCAUUUGAAUAAUUUGUGACGCUGUGUUAAAUAGACGUGUAUUAUCUAGCUCCGUGAUACAAAUGCAGGGCGUCUUCAGCCUGGUUUAAUCCACCGGUGUGGUGAAUAGUGGCGGCAGUGCAACCUGCGGUGGUGGUGGGGAACAAAGCUGGCAAACAUGAGCCAUUUUAUGGAGGUGGGGGACGCAGCCAAUGGGUGGUCCGCUUAGGGGGCCUGAGGUCGAAGGUCACAGAGCCCCAGUACUAACUGGUCCAGUAAAUCUCUCUGACACAGCCGGAGCAGGCUGCAGAUGGGGUCACGAGUCAUAAACGCGCCGUGGGGUUUCGGGGCUCCGCCGGACUGCACACCCCAUUUGGAUCAUCCCGACCUGAAAUUCCCAAAAGUACAGCCCGAGCACCCCGCGUCUUUUCAGCGAUUUUUCUCAAAAGAUGAAUUAUUCAUUCGUGUUUGUACAUAGUGCAUUGUAGCUAUGUGAGUCAUUUAGCUCCGGGAAUCAUGGCGACGGUAUUCGGAUGGGAAAAAGGUUACAGUUCUGUCAAAAACGACAAGGCGAAUACAUGUGGCAUUGCGGGCAGCCUAGGGCUGACUGUUUAAUGACCCUUGGUAAGGUAGGUUAGCCGUAGGUAGCUUCGUAGAGCACAGCCGUGUAUGGUUGCCUUUAUUUAGUGGUUCGUUCAAUUGCUAUUUGUGACAAAUUACUUGAGUGGAAAGGUGAAAGAUGUAAAUGUAUUUUAAUUCAAGUUUUCACUCGCCAUAGUAUUAUUAUUGUACUGUAACCGCAGGGACUGGGAGACCUUAACUGGCAUUGGGUCACAAUAUUUUUCAACUUGGGUCUUCUUUUUUAGGGGGGUGGGUCUUACUUGUAAUUUUUUUACUUUUCUUUUCCUGCCUGUUUCUGGGAAAAUAAAGUAUUCUGACUUUUGUAUAAGUGGCAGGCCCUAGUUUUAGAGUUCAUAUUGAUGUGUCAUGAGAGCAAGUGCACCAUAUCCAAACUGUAUGGAUUUAUUUUUCACAUUAUAACCACAGUCAGGUGAAGUCAUUUGAAUUUGCUGUGGAAUAUGUCGACCCUCUUCUCCUCUCUCUCCCUUUCCCCACUCCCCUCUCUAAUGUGCCUUUUACCUGUUUGGGCAGCUGCAGUAAGAGGACUGUGGAGUGUGAUAAACAGCAACACCCGCCUAUCUAAACCUAUCCCAGCAUGCAUCUCUCACACACAUCCUAGUCUACUUAUACGUGUUUGCCUGCCGUCUCGUCUUUCAUUUGACGCUUGUCAUUUUUUCCAUUUGUUCUCCUCCGAUUAAUGCUGAUUUUAUAAAGAAAUGUUAAACAUAGUAGUAAUGUGUCUUGUUUCUUUAUUUUUGACACGCCUUUAGUUGGUGACCAAACUGCAGUAAACGUAAAGGCAAAACAUAUAUAUAAUAAAAUAAUAAUAACA